CAUUCAUCCCUAGUGCGCUGGAAGGUGUGGUCGCAUUUCGGCAUCAUCGUCGCCUGCUGUGCUGUAUUUUCUCCAUUGUCGCAUAAAAUUUUCGAUUCAGGAAAUUAAAUCGUUUGUCAUCAAUUGAUGUUUCGCGUGUGGUGCACGAUAGAGUCUUGUGAAUCAAGUGCAGUAUUUGCAGGUAGCGCAAGUGGUGUGUAACCGGAGAAACACACUCGUCAAAGUGGUCCAUCGAACAAAUCGAGAGGAGCAAACAGAAGAGAAGAAGAAGCCUGAAGCACAUUAUACUGCUGAAAGCUAGACAAGUUUUUUGCUCCAUAAUUUCGCGCACUCUGCCUACUGCGACGAAGACGAGCAGCCGAACAGUCAGUCAGUCGAUCCGCGACAGAAAGUGAAGAAGGUGUGCAGUGUGCAAGUCUUUGGAAAGUGUGUGCUGCUCUCUCUACUGUAGUGAUCGCGUGUAGCUGCUGCGAUCUGCCAGCCAGGCCUCCUGCGAUCGAUAAUAAUCACCUGCAAUCAGUGCGUGCAGUCUGUGUAGAGAAAAGAAAGUCAAAAUAAAAGCGGGGGCGCAUUUCUGGACCGCAAGCUCGUGCUACAUCACCAUCCUCGGAUAAGGAAUCAAAAUCAGCAGGAAAUAUGAAUGGCUCAAGCUAUGAAAUCAACACGAACGGUGAUAUUCUGUCCCAGAACCAGCAGAAGGGAUGGUGGACGAUCGGGCUCAUCAACGGCCAGUACAAGUACAUGACAGCCGAAACCUUCGGAUACAAACUGAACGCAAACGGCGCUAGUCUCAAGAAGAAGCAACUCUGGACGCUGGAACCAUCCAACACCGGCGAAAGCGUAAUCUACUUGAAGUCGCACCUGGGCCGAUACCUGUCGGUGGACUCGUUUGGCAAUGUGCUGUGCGAGUCGGAGGAUCGUGACGCCGGCAGCCGCUUCCAGAUCAGUAUCGCCGACGACAACUCGGGCCGAUGGGCGCUGAAGAACGAACAGCGUGGCUACUUCCUCGGAGGCACCCCCGAAAAGCUGACCUGCACGGCCAAGGCUCCCGGAAGGGAAUUUUGGAGCGUGCAUCUGGCCGCUAGGCCGCAGGUUAAUCUACGCUCCGUUGGGCGCAAGCGUUUCGCUCAUCUGUCAGAGUCGCAAGACGAGAUCCACGUCGACGCCAAUAUUCCGUGGGGCGAAGACACGCUCUUUACGCUGGAGUUCCGCGCCGACGAGGAGGGCCGAUACGCACUGCACACAUGCAACAACAAAUACCUCAACUCAACUGGAAAGCUAGAGACCAAAUGCACGGACGACUGUCUGUUCAGUGCCGAGUACCACAGCGGCCACCUGGCGCUGCGUGACCGCCACGGCCUGUAUCUGUCGCCGAUCGGGUCGAAGGCCGUCCUGAAGUCGCGCUCGCAGACCGUAACGCGGGACGAGCUGUUCUCGCUGGAGGAUUCCCUCCCGCAGGCAUCGUUCAUCGCGGCGUUGAACAACAAGUACGUCUCGGUGAAGCAAGGCGUGGAUGUUACGGCCAACCAGGACGAGAUCGGGGACAAUGAAACGUUCCAGCUGGAGUACGACUGGUCGGCGCACCGCUGGGCGCUGAGGACCACUCAGGAUCGCUACUGGUGUCUAUCGACUGGUGGUGGAAUUCAGGCCACUGGAAACCGUCGCUCCGCAGAUGCGCUCUUCGAGCUUGUCUGGCACGGCGAAGGAUCCGUUUCGUUCCGCGCCAACAAUGGAAAGCUGCUGGCCACGAAGCGCUCUGGUCAUCUGUUUGCUACGUCCGAUGUUAUCGAAGAUACGACCAAGUUUUACUUUUAUCUGAUCAACCGUCCCAUUCUGGUGCUCAAGUGUGAGCAAGGAUUUGUGGGGUACCGCGCGCCGGGAAGCAACAAGCUGGAGUGCAAUAAGGCCGUCUACGAGACUAUUUUGGUGGAGCGUGCCCAGAAAGGAAUUGUUCACUUUAAGGGACAAAACGGCAAGUACUGGCGAGUCGAUGGCGAGGGCAUUGCGGCCGAUUCCGACACCCCGACCGACGGUUUCUACAUUGAGCUGCGAGAGCCAACCCGUAUCUGUCUGCGUGCGGCCGACGGUCGGUACCUGGGCGCGACCAAGAACGGAACGUUCAAGCUGGUCGACACCGGAUACGACACUGCCACCCAGUGGGAAUACUAAUCAAUUCAGCAAAGCAUCUCAUCUCCCUCGAUUCGGGUUCGCUCUCACACACUCGAAGUUUUUAGCGUGUUAGGUUACUAUUCUUCUACCCACUUUACUAUUCUUCUAUAGUAGUAACACACACACUCUCAUAAAAAAUCAAGAGAACGAAAAAAUCCAACCGUGCAACGCAAUCAAUCUCUCUAACUCUUUCAAGCAAACUUAAAAAAACACAGGUUCUCUACAUUUUUAUUUGUAAAUUUACUUUUACGCGGUCUUUUCCGAAAAAUAGAUUAUUUUAUAGUAGCAUUAACAUAAAAACAAUAUGUGUACUACUCGUUAGAGCCAACUAAUCAUUAUUGGGGAGUAUUUUUGAAACUACAUAUUGUCAUUUCAAAGUAAAACAGUUCUUACAUGCACGCAUAUUUAUUGCAGUAUCACUUACAUCAAGAGCUAAAUUAGUUGUAGUACUUAGUGAGGUCAAACUAUCAUGAACACACAAACACACACACACACACACACACACACACACACAAGCAUCAUAACGAACGAUCAACUUGUACCGAUCGUGCACGAUUUCUUGCACGGUUCUGUCCAUCUCGAAAAAUUGAACGAAACCGUGACAGCAACAAAAAAAAA